UGGUGCUUUCUUUCCUCAAACCCUUUUUUCUUUGCCUUUGCCACUAACACGUAGUAUCUACAUAUGUAAGUGCUUGUACUAUUGAAUCCCUUCCUUCUAUUAUAUCUAUCUCUAUCUCUAUCUCUAUCUAACAAUACAACAACCCUUAACCUCAAAAAAAAAAAAAAAACACAAUACAACAACCCUAGUACUCACAACAACAAUAACAAAAAAACACGACAAUUUUCGGUCAGACACAACACAAUGGAAGACGAGACUUUGAGUUGUACUUCUUCUAGAACCUACCAAUCCCACUUAGAGCUCUUAAUAGACUUUGAAGAUGUUCAUGAUGAUGAUGAUGAUGAGUUGAGGACUACUUAUCCAUGCCCAUUUUGUGAAGACGAUUUUGAACUUGCAGAGCUAUGUUGCCAUAUUUAUUUGGACCAUCCAAUAGAAGCCAAGUCUGGGAUUUGUCCGGUUUGUGCCAUGUGGGUUGGAUCAAAUAUAGUUGAUCACAUAACAGCACAACAUGAUAACUUAUUUAAGAGUCAUCACAAAUCAAAAUACCACAAACAUGAUUCCUACUCAACUCUUCCGUUUUCAAGAAAGCAACGGGAUGGACAUUGGCAAUCUUCUUCUGAUGAGUUGCCGCCUGUGAUGUCUACCUCCAAGGCUGCUUGUGAUCCAUUCCUGUCAUUUUUAUAUGGUGCAGCUGCUUCCAAUGAACAUGAAAAUGUGCAGCUUGAUUCAUCAAGUGGAGCAAGGAUCAAAGAAAUACACUCGGAUGAUACAGUGUUAGAAGGAGAUGUUCCACCAUCAAUAUCUGACAAAGACCAAGUGGAGAAGGCAAGGCGUAGUGAGUUUGUACAGGGGCUUUUGAUGUCUACUAUACUUGAUCUGGAAUUUUGACGGAGACAAAUAAGUAUAUCAGUUUUUACUUGUUAGUAUCAGAGCAUCUAUUCGACUUCGAUGGACGAAAAAAAAGGAGAGAAAAAUAAGUUGAUGUCCAUCUUGAAGAUGAUACAUAAUCAAAGGAACAAUAGUAUAAUUUAUAUGCUCUGUGAUGUGAGAGCUAAGAUAUAUGUAAAUGUAAUGUACAUGAAUGACUUUGAAAUUAAAUUAGUUCAGAAAAUAUGGCA